AUGUCCGACAACGCCGGCUCGCGGUUCGCGCCGCAGAACAAGUCCACCCACGAGCGGCUCUCGACGAACACGGUCGGACUCGUCGCCCUGUCCGACUUCCGCAAGCGACGCGCCGAGGUCCUCGAGCAACAAGAGCGCGAGGCGCGAGAGGCUGCCUACUCUGGCACCUCGACUCCCGAUCGCUCGCACACGGCGACCCCCGACAACGCAGGCAGCGACUCGGCAAGCGGCUCUGGCGUGGCCCCUGUCAAGAAGAAGAAGAAGAAGCUGCCGGGGAAGAAGCUACUGUCCUUUGACGACGAAGAGGGCGACGACGAGGACAGCUCCGCGGCCGAGAAGAAUGGCAGUGUCAAGUCCAAGUUCAAGGCCAACGCGUCCGUAGGCAUCGUCCCGAAAGCUACGACAAAGUCCGCGCUACGAAGAGAAGCUGCCGAGCGAGAAACACUGCGCCGCGAGUUUGUGCAGGUGCAAGAGGCUGUCAAGGCAACCGAGAUUGCCAUCCCGUUCGUCUUCUACGACGGCGCCAAUACGCCAGGCGGCAUGGUGCGCAUGAAGAAGGGCGACUUUGUUUGGGUAUUUCUCGACAAGAGCCGCAAGGUCGGCGCUGAGCUUGGUGUUGGCGAUCAGAGCACGUCGCGCAAAUCAUGGGCACGAGUUGGCGUGGAUGACCUGAUGCUCGUGCGCGACACGGUCAUUAUUCCUCAUCAUUAUGACUUUUAUUUUUUCGUCAUGAACAAGAGCAUCGGCCCGGGCGGCCAUCGUCUCUUCGACUACCGCAACGAGGCGCCCCCACGCCCUGAAACUCCCAACGCCAGAACCGACAGCGCGGAUGCGGAUCGGCUGUUGACCAAGGCAUCCAAGGCGCCGCUGCCCGAUAUCAAUACGCUCGAGGGCGCAACGGACGACCCGACGGUGACCAAGGUUGUAGACCGGAGGUGGUACGAGAAGAACAAGCACAUAUACCCGGCCAGCACGUGGCAGGAGUUCGACCCGGAGAAGGACUACACCAAUGAGGUCCGCAAGGACACGGGCGGCAACACCUUCUUCUAUGCGAAGUGA